GCUGGAACCCCAGCGGUUGGGUUUGCGGGUCUGGUCGCGGCCGCUUCAUGGCGUGGGUGGUGCCGGGCUCUGCAGGUGACAGGGGCGAAGCGAGGGCCAUUGCGGCCUAGAGUUCCAAAAGAUGAGUCGUGGAUAUUCAGAAAACAACAAUUUCCUAAACAAUAACAACCAAAUGGUAUUGGACAUGAUCCUUUACCCAUUAAUUGGAAUCCACCAGACCAUCAAUUGGGAAACUGUGGCAAGGCUUGUGCCUGGAUUAACACCCAAAGAGUGUGCAAAGAGGUUUGAUGAGCUGAAGAGCAGUGGAAGUUCACCUGUGGACAACCAGUAUAGUCCCCUCAUGGCUGCUGGAGAGAGUCCUGUUGAAACUUUAGCCACAUACAUCAAAUCCUCGCUUCUUGACACACAAGGAGAAUUUCAGGAGACUCCAGUUGGUCAGGAUACAGUUUCUAAAACAGGAAGACAUAGUAUAGCUUCCACAAGGAAUUGUUCUUCAGAAAGUGAAAAUUGUACUACUCAUAAUGGUGGAGAAAAGACUGAAGAAUCUGAAGGGCCAAACAUGGUGAUCCAUGUAUGUGAUGAAGCAAAAAACUUGAAAGAAGAUUUUAUUUGCCCACGAGAUCUUUUGAUAUCAGAAAUGAAGUACUUUGCUGAAUAUUUAUCUGUGGAUGCCCAGCGCUGGGAAGAGGUGGACAUUUCAGUUCAUUGUGACGUUCACAUUUUCAACUGGUUGAUAAAAUAUGUUAAAAGGAACACUAAGGAGAAUAAAGAUUGUGAGAUGCCCUCUUUAGAGCCAGGAAAUGUCAUUUCAAUUCUUAUUUCUUCAGAGUUUUUGAAAAUGGAUUCGCUGGUUGAACAGUGUAUACAGUAUUGCCACAAAAAUAUGAAUGCCAUUGUAGCUACUCCAUGCAACAUGAACUGUAUUAAUGCAAAUCUUCUUACACGUAUAGCUGAUCUGUUUACACACAAUGAAGUUGAUGAUUUAAAGGACAAGAAAGAUAAGUUUAGGAGUAAACUUUUUUGUAAGAAGAUUGAGAGACUGUUUGAUCCUGAGUACUUGAAUCCAGAUUCUCGGAAUAAUGCAGCAACAUUAUACAGAUGCUGUUUGUGUAAGAAACUUUUAACAAAAGAAACAGAAAGAAGAAUUCCUUGCAUUCCUGGAAAAAUCAAUGUGGAUCAGCAUGGAAAUAUUAUAUACAUUCAUAUAAGAGAUAAAACUUGGGAUGUUCAUGAGUAUUUGAAUAGUCUUUUUGAAGAAUUAAAAUCUUGGAGAGAUGUAUAUUGGCGCUUAUGGGGAACAGUCAACUGGCUAACUUGUUCAAGAUGUUAUCAGACUUUUCUGUGCAUAGAGUUUUCACACUGUCAGUAUCACUCAGAGACAGUGAUUUAUCCUACUGCAGGAAGUUCGCUGAGUACUGUUGGCACUGGAAUUUAUCCCUGCUGUAACCAAAAGGUUCUUCGAUUUGACCCCACUCAGCUUACAAAGGGUUGUAAAGUAAAGGACCAUAUGGUUACUCUUCGUGAUCAAGGUGAAGGUGAAGAUUUGCUGUCCUGUCCAACUGCCAAAAUACUAGAUGAUCUGCACAAACACAAAGAUGUCAUCCUUGUGCCUUUUGCUAAAGAUACAAUUAGUGAUUCUGGUGGUCCCUGUGAUGAAAAGGGUCUAGACUGUGAUAUUUUACUGGAGCCAAAUACACCAUGGGGCCCCAAGAGUGGGGAGCUUAAUGCUUUCUUAUCACUGAAAAACUGGACUCUGCAGCUGAAACAACAGUCAUUAUUUUCAGAAGAAGAAGAAUAUACCACUGGGUCUGAGGUCACUGAAGAUGAAGUUGGAGAUGAAGAAGAAGUAUCCAAGAAACAAAGGAAAAAGGAGAAGCCAAAGAAGUUCACUAAACAACCAAAGAAGCAGAUGUCUUCACCCUGUGGUCAGAAGAAAGAAAAGGCCCUGGAGAAGUCAACUUCUAGAGAUGUGUCUCCUUUCAUUGUGAGUAUGCAGAAGAAUAAGUGGGAUGCCACAAGAUCCUUGAGAUUCAACCAAGAUGCCCAAAGAGAAGAUGAUCAGCGGCGGAUGUCUGAAAUUACUGGGCACCUAAUAAAGAUGAGAUUGGGUGAUCUGGAUCGAGUCAGGUCAAAGGAAGCAAAAGAAUUUGCAGGAGGGAUUUAUUCCAGGCUUGAAGCACAAAUCAAGGCCUCAGUGCCAGUCAGUGCUCGGCAGAGCAGCUCGGAAAAAAACACAAGGUCUAAAAGUCGUUUUGGUCAAGGUCGGCCUGCGUAAAGCACCUUAAAAUAUAAGAAGACAGAAGACAUACCUCUGGACACUUGAAAUUGCUUACUUGAAGAUCUUCGGAAUGAUUACUUCUAAAUGUUUUAAGUUAUUUAUUAAAUAUUCUUGCAAGCCACGUAAAUCAUAGUGGUAAGGGAAAUACAUAGUUAAGUCUCAUGAAAUUAUAAAUAUGCAACUUCUUAAAUAUGAUUUUCCUUUGGUUUUGAGAGAAUUCAUUCUUAGGUAGGUUGAUAAGGAGUCUGGGGCCCUCAAGGAGGAAGGGGUCCAGGACUCUCAUGGAGGAGGAAGGGGUCUGGGCCCUUGAGAAGGAGAAAGGGGUCUGGGGCUCUCAAGGAGAAAAGGACAUACAUUCUUUUUCUACAUUAGUCACAUAAAACAGUUUUUCUUUAAGCCCAGAGCUAAUGACCCAAGGGUAUGUUUUUCCUUAAGCUCUGUACUAAUGAUUAUGUAACAGCAAUGUAUCUUGCUCUAGGACAUGUUUAUGUUCUUAACAAGAACCUUCUGACUAAUCUUGUUAUGAUAAGAUGUUUGCUGUGGGAGUGGGCCUGAUAAAAGUAUAUAAGGCCUUGAUAAGACUAUGGAUGGGGGGCACUCUCUAUCCCCUUUCUGAUGUCUAUGUCAGAAGCUUUCUCUGUCCCUUUUUAUACUUUUAAUAGAACUCUGCUUCACAAAAGCUCUUGUUGAUCAAGCUUGGUCCCUAGUCCUGAAGCUGAAAUCGUCCUCAGAGAUCACGAAUCCAACAUCAUUCACCAUUAGCUAUCAGUGUGAUGCUAGCCUAUAUAAAAAAUUAGUAUUUAGAAAUUUACAUAGUUAAGACUCCCAGGUAUUUGUUAUACUUUAUUUAUUUGAAAGAGAAGAGGCCUAAACUCUCAAAUAGCUAAGAGUUUUUUAAGAUCUUAAAAAAUUAGGGGAACACAUCUAGUAGUGGUACUGUACAUGUGCACUGAUUAUAGUAUGUCUUUGGGCUGUAAAUUUUGUGAUAGCUUUGAGAACUGCCAUUUAUGUGAUGAAAUUUCCAGUGAUGCUAAUUUUAUGUUUGCAUGACUUUUAAGGAGUGACAGAUCUCAAAACUGAAUUAAGUAAAGUUUUAAGGUGAAGUAUUUCCUGUGUUGGCAGAAUGCUUAAUUUUUUUCAGUGUUAUUCCAGAGAAAUCACAAUGUUAAUCCAACUCUUUUUUUCAGUUUUUAAUAUGUAUUUAUUGGUCUGAAUUACUGAUUAUUACUUCUUUCUUCUGUGAGGCUAGUUAAAACAGCUGGAUUUGUUAAAACAAAUUUGGAUUCUGAAUUUGUUAAAACAACUGUUGAUAGUUUUAGGAUAGUAAAUCAUUUCAGUUGUAUAAGAUACCCACUGUACAGUUCUCAGGGCACUAAAACUCAACCAUUAAUCUAUAGCCAGUCAAAUAGCCCCUUAAAAUGGUUAUAAUCAGUUAUUACUUUAGAGAUGUCUGGAAGGAAAGAUUCCCAGAUACCCUUGAUGGAUGAAAAAUUGAAUUAUUCAGGAGAAAUCAGUUUUUCUAACCACGCAGAAAGAGUGCUCAGGGAAAUUUUGUUCCAAACUGUAAUCAUAUAACAAUUAUGUGUUUGGAAAUUACUUAUAUAUAGGUCUCUAAAACACUUCAAUUUGCAUUGUUUUUAUUUUUAGUCUUCAUUUAUCUUAUAAUUGAAAUCUUCUUCAAAUUAUUUAGAAAACAGACUUGAUAAUGGAUAAUAGAAUAGCAAUUUCUAUUGAAAUGUUGAAGUGUUAUGUGUUUUUAAUGAAUAUUUUAGUUGGUAAAUAAAGCUAGAUUUUAUUUGAUGUUACAUGCAUAGCUUUGCCAAGAUUUUUGAACUUCUGUUUGGAAGUUUUGUUGCAGUCAACAUUCAGUUGUUUGACAUUUUUGAAAUAGUUUAUGAAAUUUUUAUUUGCAGAAGAAAAUGUUUUAUACUACAUGAUCUAUAAGACCUAUUAAAUACCAGUCUUGUUUACUGUAGUCUCUGAUCAAAAGGAUUUAGGUUUGUAUGUUUUAUAGAGUGCUGUGACGAUCACAAUUGAAAUAUCUCAUUUGAUUUUUAAUUGAUGGUAACAAGGCAGACUGCUUCUCCCCCAGGGGGACUGUACCACUGAAUUGAUUUUUACAAACAGAAUUUAUCAAAAUUUUAUUUUCUUCAGGAUGUGCUUUAAAUUUGUGAAUGUCUGUAGUUCAUAACACAGGUAACACAAACAUUUUAACCAUACUCAUAAUAGCGUUUGUUUUGCCAAAUACUUUGAGGUUUUAUCUUACAUUAAUUCUGAAUUCACAUUUAUUUAAUUGAAAUAAACAUUAAUGACAAAAGUUAA